GUACUGUGAAUCCCACCAAAUGUUGUUGUCCUUUUGCCUUGAAGAUGGCAGCAUGUCAGCUUCUCCUGGAGAUCACCACUUUUCUUCGAGAGACCUUCCCCUACAUGCCCAGGCCACGUACUGAACCUCUUGUGGAUCUGGAGAGUUGCAGGUUGCGUUUGGAUCCUGAGAUGGACCGACACAGGUAUGAGAGGAAGAUCAGCUUUGCUGGGGUUUUGGAUGAAAAUGAAGAUUCAAAAGAUUCCUUACACAGCAGCAGUCAUACCUUGAAGUCUGACACAGGUUGUGAAGAGAAGAAAGUUCCCAGCAGGAAGAUCAGGAUAGGAGGCUCCCGCUUGCUCCAGAUUAAAGGAACCCGCAGUUUCCGGGUGAAGAGAGGGGGUUCCCUGUCCAGCAUUCGCCGGGCCGGCAGCCUAAAGAGCACCAAGUUAUCCCGUCAGGACUCAGAGUCUGAGAAUGAGGAGCUGCAGCUGUCCCACAGCAGGGACACUGUCACUGACAUAGAAGGAAGCCCUUGGAGUGCAAGUGAACCCAGUAUAGAACCUGAAGUGCUCAGCAGCACUGGAACAGAAGAUAACUAUCACCGGAAUAUGUCUUGGCUGCAUGUGAUGAUCCUUCUGUGUAACCAGCAGAGUUUCAUUUGUACCCAUAUUGAUUACUGCCACCCUCACUGCUACCUCCACCACAGCCGUUCAUGUGCACGCCUUGUCCGGGCCAUCAAGCUUUUAUACGGAGACACUGUGGAUUCACUCAAAGAAAAUAACUUACUAAACAGUGUGGCCCGAGGCAAAAAACAAAAAGAGUGUUCAGACAAGUCAUGCCUCAGAACACCCUCCCUGAAGAAAAGAGUGAUGGAUUCUAAUCUUGAAGGAAAAAAAGACUCUGGAAUGCUGAAAUACAUUAGGCAUCAGGUGAUGAGCCUGUCUCCAGCACCACUUUCACUGUUAAUCAAGGCAGCUCCCAUCCUUACAGAAGAGAUGUAUGGGGACAUCCAGCCUGCAGCAUGGGAGUUGUUGCUCAGUAUGGAUGAGCACAUGGCUGGUGCAGCAGCUGCCAUGUUCCUUCUGUGUGCUGUGAAAGUACCAGAGGCAGUUUCAGAUAUGCUGAUGUCUGAAUUUCAUCACUCGGAGGCAGUGCAGAGGUUGAAUGCCAUCCUUAAGUUCCACACCCUCUGGAGAUUUAGAUAUCAAGUAUGGCCUCGCAUGGAGGAAGGAGCUCAACAAAUCUUUAAGAUUCCUCCACCAAGCAUUAACUUCACCCUGCCCUCUCCAGUGCUUGGAAUGCCAUCAGUCCCCAUGUUUGACCCACCGUGGGUUCCCCAGUGCAGUGGGAGCGUGCAAGAUCCCAUCAAUGAAGAUCAAUCUAAGUCGUUUUCAGCCCGGGCAGUAUCACGUUCUCAUCAACGAGCAGAACACAUUCUGAAGAACCUGCAACAGGAAGAGGAGAAGAAACGUCUGGGCCGAGAAGCUAGUCUCAUCACUGCCAUCCCCAUCACUCAGGAAGCUUGCUAUGAGCCCAGCUGUUCCCCAAGCUCAGAGCAGGAGGAAGAAGAAGAAGUCACCAACCUGGCAUCACGCCGUCUGUCUGUGAGUCCAUCAUGUACUUCCAGUACAUCACAUAGAAACUAUUCUUUUCGACGUGGCUCAGUUUGGUCAGUGCGUUCAGCAGUCAGUGCUGAAGAUGAAGAGCAUACAACAGAGCACACACCGAAUCAUCACGUGCCGCAGCCCCCACAGGCAGUGUUUCCUGCUUGCAUUUGUGCGGCUGUGCUUCCAAUCGUUCACUUGAUGGAAGAUGGAGAAGUCCGGGAAGAUGGAGUAGCAGUGAGUGCAGUGGCUCAACAAGUCUUGUGGAACUGUCUCAUUGAAGAUCCCUCCACAGUUCUUCGACAUUUUCUGGAGAAACUCACUAUCAGUAAUCGACAGGAUGAAUUGAUGUAUAUGCUGAGGAAACUUUUAUUGAACAUUGGAGACUUUCCUGCUCAAACAUCCCAUAUCCUCUUCAAUUACUUGGUGGGACUGAUCAUGUAUUUUGUGCGCACACCAUGUGAAUGGGGCAUGGAUGCCAUUUCGGCCACUCUGACCUUUCUUUGGGAAGUAGUGGGCUACGUAGAAGGACUAUUCUUCAAGGAUCUCAAACAAACUAUGAAGAAGGAACAAUGUGAAGUGAAGCUGCUGGUUACUGCCUCAAUGCCAGGCACCAAGACCCUAGUAGUUCAUGGCCAGAAUGAAUGUGAUAUCCCAACCCAGCUACCAGUCCAUGAAGACACUCAGUUUGAAGCUCUUUUAAAGGAGUGUCUGGAAUUUUUUAACAUACCUGAAUCCCAGUCUUCCAACUAUUUUUUAAUGGAUAAGCGGUGGAAUCUUAUUCAUUAUAAUAAGACCUAUGUCCGUGAUAUUUACCCAUUUCGUAGAUCGGUAUCUCCCCAACUGAAUCUGGUACACAUGCACCCAGAAAAGGGGCAAGAACUCAUUCAAAAACAGGUAUUUACCCGCAAGUUAGAAGAAGUGGGUCGAGUGCUAUUUCUCAUUUCUCUGACUCAGAAGAUUCCUGUGGCUCACAAGCAAUCCCAUGUAUCUUUGCUGCAAGAGGACCUUCUCCGCUUGCCCUCGUUCCCCCGUAGUGCCAUUGAUGCAGAAUUCUCACUCUUCAAUGAUCCACAAGCUGGCAAGGAACUCUUUGGUCUGGAUACACUUCAGAAAAGCCUAUGGAUUAAAUUGCUAGAGGAGAUGUUUCUGGGGAUGCCCAGUGAAUUUCCCUGGGGGGACGAAAUCAUGCUGUUCCUGAAUGUAUUCAAUGGAGCCCUGAUCCUGCACCCGGAGGACAGUGCCCUGUUGAGGCAGUAUGCUGCUACUGUGAUCAACACCGCUGUACAUUUCAACCACCUCUUCUCUCUCAGUGGGUACCAGUGGAUCCUUCCCACUAUGCUGCAGGUAUAUGCUGACUAUGAGAGUAAUCCACAGCUGCGUCAAGCAAUUGAGUUUGCCUGCCGUCAGUUUUACAUUCUACAUCGUAAGCCUUUUGUGCUGCAACUGUUUGCUAGUGUUGCUCCACUUCUGGAGUUUCCUGAUGCUGCAUACAAUGGACCCAGCAAGGGAGUGUCUGCUCAGUGCCUGUUUGAUCUCCUACAGUCCUUAGAAGGAGAUACUUCUGACAAUCUGGAUAUUCUAGAAUUGGUAAAAGCAGAGAAGCCUCUGAAAUCACUAGAUUUUUGCUAUGGCAAUGAGGACCUGACUUUUUCAAUCAGUGAGGCCAUCAAGUUGUGUGUAACAGUUGUGGCAUAUGCACCUGAGUCUUUCAGAAGUCUUCAGAUGCUGAUGGUCCUUGAAGCUCUAGUGCCCUGUUAUCUGCAGAAACUUAAGAAGCAAACCUCCCAAGUGGAAACCGUGACAGCAGCUCGAGAAGAGAUUGCUGCUACAGCGGCUCUUGCAACAUCCUUGCAAGCACUCUUAUACAGUGUGGAAGUUCUUACUCGGCCAAUGACUGCACCUCAGAUGAGUCGCUGUGAUCAAGGCCAUAAAGGAACCACUACUGCUAACCAUACUAUGUCGGCUGGAACAAAUACCAGAUACCCAGAGCAAGGAGCCAAACUGCAUUUUAUCAGAGAAAAUCUUCAUUUGCUAGAGGAAGGCCAAGGCAUCCAACGGGAGGAGUUGGAUGAACGCAUUGCUAGGGAAGAGUUUCGGCGACCCCGUGAGUCCCUGCUGAAUAUAUGCACUGAGUUCUAUAAACACUGUGGCCCCCGGCUGAAGAUUUUACAGAACCUGGCUGGAGAACCCAGGGUGACUUCUUUAGAACUACUGGAUGUUAAGUCUCAUAUGAGAUUGGCAGAGAUUGCACAUUCCCUUCUGAAGCUGGCACCUUAUGACACCCAGACAAUGGAGAGCCGUGGGCUCCGGCGGUACAUCAUGGAAAUGCUGCCCAUCACUGACUGGACUGCUGAGGCCGUGAGGCCUGCCCUUAUCCUCAUCUUGAAAAGACUGGAUCGUAUGUUCAAUAAAAUUCACAAGAUGCCUACUUUGAGGAGACAGGUUGAAUGGGAACCUGCCAGCAAUUUGAUUGAAGGGGUUUGUUUGACACUUCAGAGGCAGCCAAUCAUAUCCUUCCUGCCUCAUCUUAGGUCACUGAUCAAUGUCUGUGUCAAUCUGGUGAUGGGAGUAGUAGGACCUUCCAGUGUGGCCGAUGGAUUACCCCUUCUUCAUCUCAGCCCUUAUCUCUCGCCACCUCUACCCUUCAGCACAGCUGUUGUCCGGCUUGUAGCAUUGCAGAUUCAGGCUUUGAAAGAAGAUUUUCCCUUAAGCCAUGUGAUCUCCCCAUUCACCAAUCAGGAGAGAAGGGAAGGAAUGCUUUUAAAUCUACUGAUUCCAUUUGUGCUCACAGUAGGAUCAGGAAGCAAAGACAGCCCUUGGCUGGAGCAGCCUGAAGUUCUCCUGCUGCUCCAGACAGUCAUUAACAUUUUACUGCCACCUCGCAUUAUUAGCACUUCACGCAGUAAGAACUUCAUGUUGGAGAGCUCUCCUGCCCACUGCUCCACUCCAGGAGAUGCAGGGAAGGACCUGCGUAAGGAAGGGCUAGCUGAAUCCACUAGUCAAGCAGCCUACCUGGCUUUGAAGGUGAUCCUUGUUUGUUUUGAGCGGCAGCUUGGUAGCCAAUGGUAUUGGCUGAGUCUGCAAGUCAAAGAGAUGGCUUUGCGAAAAGUUGGAGGGCUGGCCCUAUGGGAUUUCCUGGAUUUUAUUGUUCGCACUAGAAUUCCUAUUUUUGUGCUUCUUCGCCCCUUCAUUCAAUGCAAGUUGCUAGCCCAACCAGCUGAGAAUCAUGAGGAACUGACUGCCCGACAACACAUUGCUGACCAGCUGGAGCGGCGCUUCAUCCCCCGCCCUCUCUGUAAGAGCUCUCUCAUUGCAGAAUUCAAUAAUGAACUGAAGAUCCUCAAGGAGGCUGUGCAUAGUGGAUCAGCUUACCAAGGAAAGACCUCCAUCAGCACUGUGGGAACCUCCACCUCUGCCUAUCGACUGAGCCUUGCCACAAUGUCCCGCUCCAAUACCGGCACUGGAACCGUCUGGGAACAGGAUAGCGAGCCUUCUCAGCAGGCCUCCCAGGAUACUUUAAGCAGGACAGAUGAAGAAGAUGAAGAAAAUGACUCAGUGAGCAUGCCCAGUGUGGUAAGUGAACAGGAAGCAUACCUUAUGGGGACCAUUGGGAGGAGGCGAUUCUCCAGCCAUCUCUCCAGCAUGUCCGCACCCCAGGCUGAAGUGGGCAUGUUACCCAGUCAAAGUGAACCCAAUGUCCUCGAUGACUCCCAAGGCCUGGCCGCUGAGGGCAGCCUCUCUAGGGUAGCAAGUGUGCAAAGUGAACCUGGACACCACAAUCUCCUCCUUCAGCAACCAUUAGGGAGAAAAAGAGGUCUAAGACAGCUAAGGAGGCCUCUUUUAUCACGCCAGAAAACCCAAACUGAGCCUCACAGCCGUCACGGAGCACGACUUUCAACAACACGUAGAAGCAUACAGCCCAAAGCAAAACCAACUGUGGAUCAAAAACGAUCUGUAACCUUCACUGAAGCUCAGUCAGAGGCAUCAACUUCAAAAUCUGAUCCCACACCUAUUACAGCCCAGCAGCAACAAUGCAGCAAAAGGAACAGCCCUGCAGAAGGUAGCAAGCAGGAAGUUACCAAUAAAUCUGUUGUGACAUCAUCACCGACUAUUAUUGUGGCAGAUCUCCACAGUCAAGUCUCUUCCCACCAGGUUGAGAUAGUUGCUGCUGGAAAGGAUAAGCAAAAGGAGGAUGAUUCAGAGCAAAAGCAAGCACCUGCUCAUAGUACUUCCCCAACCACACAGCUUUCUGACACUGAGGACUUUGCAGGCCUAGAAACAACCAGCUUGCUGCAGCAUGAAGAUACUGUGCUUCACAUAAGUGAAGACAAUGGGAUGGAGAAUCCCCUUCUUUCCAGCCAGUUCAACUUCACACAUGUUGAGAUGGGGCAAACUGAUGUUGGCCUGGAUGAGUCACAUGUUUGA